CAUGUCAAGAAAAUGCAGGCAAAGUGAGAUAGAACCUGGCUGGGACAGUCUUCUGGCUGAGAAGGGUUCUUAGUGCAGAGACAAAUUGUGGCACCCAACCAGGGUCUGGAGCAGAAGUUGACCCUCUAUUCUUACCUGAGUUUCAGCCUGGGGACGACCACUCCAGCAUCUGAGAGCUAAAAUGUCCAUGCACUUGCAAGAGAAGGUCUCAGGCUCCUACACGACCACCACCACCAUCACAGCACCUCCCUCUGGCAGUCUGCAGAAUGGAGGCGAGAAGGUGGAAAAAAUGUUCCUCUAUUCAGAGGAAGACAUCCGACCUGAAUUGAAAGAUGACAUUCGAGACCCCAACUAUGAGGACGAGGAGGGUCCUAUGCCCAAGCUGGAGUAUGUCUGGAGAAACAUCAUCCUGAUGGGUCUGCUGCACGUGGGAGCCUUGUAUGGGAUAGCAUUGGUUCCCUCCUGCAAGUUUUAUACCUGGCUGUGGGGGUAUUUCUGCUUCUUUGUUAGUAUCCUGGGUGUCACAGCAGGAGCUCAUCGCCUGUGGAGCCAUAGAACUUACAAAGCGCGGCUGCCCUUGAAGGUCUUCCUGAUCAUCAGCAAUACAAUGGCGUUCCAGAAUGAUGUAUAUGAAUGGGCACGAGACCACCGUGUCCACCACAAGUUCUCAGACACACAUGCUGACCCACACAAUUCCCGGCGUGGUUUUUUCUUCUGUCACGUGGGUUGGCUGCUUGUGCGUAAAAACCCAGCUGUCAAAGAGAAGGGCAGUUUGCUGGACAUGUCUGAUUUAAAAGCAGAGAAACUCGUGAUGUUCCAGAGGAGGUACUACACACAUGCUGUCCUGUUGCUAUGUUUCAUCCUGCCCACACUUAUCCCCUGGUAUUUCUGGGGAGAAACUUUUCUACACAGCUUGUUUGUCGCCACUUUCCUGCGGUAUGCCUUUGUGCUCAAUAUCACCUGGCUGGUCAACAGUGCUGCCCACAUGUAUGGAUAUCGCCCCUAUGACAAGAACAUUAAGCCCCGAGAGAGUCUCCUGGUUUCAGUAGGAAGUAUGGGUGAAGGUUUCCACAACUACCACCACUCCUUCCCCUAUGACUACUCUGCCAGUGAGUACCGCUGGCACAUCAACUUUACCACAUUCUUCAUUGAUUGCAUGGCUGCCCUUGGUCUGGCUUAUGACCGGAAGAAAGCAUCCAAAGCUGCUAUUUUGGCCAAGGUUAAAAGAUCUGGAGAUGGAAGCUACAAGAGCGAUUGACCUUUGAGUCAUCUGAUUUCAUAUUCUAAAAAGUCAGCUGGACUUUUGUUGUAUUGAUUCCUGAAUAUACUACCAAGAUUCUAUAGAUGAUGAUGAUGCUCAAUCCAGCAUAGCAUUCUUUUUUUUUUUUUUUUGUCUUUUUCCUUUUUAUUGGUACCAAGGAUCGAACUCACAACUGCCUGCUUGCAAGGCAGUUGACUUAUUGCUUAUGCUUAUGCUUAUGCUGCUCAGCUAAAUCCCCAGCCCCCAGCAUAGUAUUCUUGUAAAAUUCACAAGUACUGAAAAGUAGUUUCUCAUGUUGAUGCUAAGCUAAUAUUCUCUUCAUUUGCUUCUGAUCCCACUGGGGCUUUUUCUCUGUUAUAGGCUGGUGUCCACUUUUCAAAUCCUAGAAACAAUAGGCUGGUGUCUACCUUUUAAAUCUUUGAAACUUUUCUAUAGUCCAAAAGUAAAGGUUUUUACUCUAGAAAACUCUUUCCUUGACUAUAUUGAGUUCAAGGUAGGUAGUCAAGGUACAGAUUCUAAAAAAUUUUCUGGGAACCUGUCUGUUAAAUAUGAGAUUAUUUUUCUCUUCAUCCAGCAGCCCAUGGUUUGCUGGAUGAAGGGAAAAAUAACUUCAUUUGCAUAGCACUUACAAAGUACAUAAAUUACGAAUGGAGACUGUUGGCAUAUAUGAUGUGGUCCAUAAUAAAGAACAAUUGUUGAAUGGAACGAGGCAUGAGGAAGCUCUUUCUUGUGAUCACACACUCACUUUUCUACCUAGCAGAGAUAUGUGCCCCACCACAUAGCGUGCUUCCUUUCUCUCCUGACUCUUCGUAAGGGAUAUUCACUAAGCUUAGUGAUGUUAGUACACUAUGAGAGAGCUCAAUACUUCUGCAUAAUUUGUGCUGAGGAUAUAGAGCAAGCAUUUAUGUAGUAGGACCAGCAGUGGUCUCUGCUGGGGGAGGAUUUUUAAGUUUCUUUAAUAGCAAGGAGAUUCCUUAUUUCAUACAAUGAAAAGUCUUCAGGUUGGUUAUGACCAGAAUUAUACGUACAGGCAGGAAAUGAUGUAUGCCUGGAAUCUCAGCACUCAGGAAGCUGAGGUAGAAAGAUUGCUGAGUUCACAACCAGCCUGAACCACAGAGUGAACAGCUUGUCUAGCUUCUUUCUUUUUCCUGCUCUGCCCUUUUGGGAUGGUGAAGGUGGCUGUCAUAUUUUAAAAUUCCUAAGAAGAAGCAUUUCACAAGUCAGAAUUGGGUCAACCAGAACAUACAUCACACAGAUUCUUUGCCUGAAUGUUGGAAACCCUUUGGAGAAUUUAGCUCUGGAUGAAGUAUGCUGAAGGAACUUGAAGUAGAGGUAGAAUUAGAUGGCUUGGGAUUCAUCCCACAGCAGGGCAAGAUACGGAGAGGUUUAGAGGCAGUGUCUGCAGGCAUCUCCUAACCGAUGACACUUCAAAAGACAAGCCGUGAGGACACAUCCACGAAAGUCAGAAGCCACAGUAAAUUUUUUUGUGUGUGUUACAAUGAAGCAAGGUUGAUUUUAGGUUACUUUCUUUGUCUCAACUGUUGUGUGGAUUGAGUAAAACCUUGGCUCCUCUCUACAGAGCUGUGCCCUUUCACUCUUUACUCAUUCUGUGACCAUUAACCUACAUGUAGAACUAUGUGGGUGACAGGGCAGGUGCCUCUUAAUUCUUAACUAAUACAUGUCUCUGAUUCUUGUUACUCUUCUAUUGGUUCUUCCUGUUUCCUAAUUCUUCUUUUUCUGGGCAGGCAGCCUCCUGCAUGUAUUCAGGGCAGUGAGGACGUAUGUCCAGCCAGCUGCCUUUCCUUGAAGAGACAAAGUUCAUGGGUGCUGUAUCUCUUUAGCAACUUUUAUCUGCCACUUUUCCAUGGCCUGCAGAUCUUUCCUCCUUCAACACUGCCACACUGAACUCCAGACACAGCUGGCAAUGUACUAACAAAUACACCUGCCCAGAAAGGUUCUGUCUCAUGAGUCAGGACUUGUUCAAAUGGUUGUGUUGUGCCAGUGAGCUGAUCACAGAACAAAAGUGUUUGGUGUUAGUCUCCUCUGUCUGGCUAAGUACAGAUGGCAUGCUUAGUACCCCCUGCAUGCUCAGUAAAGCUGCACAUUGUGAUCAGUGCUCCACUCAACGGUAAAAUUCUUAAAAUUCUUAGGGGAGGAAGAGGUGCAGGAGACGGAGCUCUCACUAAGGACAAACAAGGGGAAAUCCCCAAGUUUCUCUCAUUGGAAGGAGGUCCUCCCCUGGAACCAUGCUCUGUUGCAAAGCUCUGGCUGCAGUGUGCACUCUGAGAUGCCUAGCUAACUUACUAACUUUGCUAAAAUGAUUGCCUCUUCUGAAAACUGAGAUGCAUUUCCUGCCACACAGUCUAAGACACAUAGUAGGAUAGAACAAGUCUGGGAAAACAUAGACUGCCAUGUUUUGAAUAAUACAGGUUAUUCUUGUCCUUGUACUCCAGGCGUCAAUAGAGAAGCAUGGCUCUGCUUUAUCAAGAUUGUAAUUUUGGUUUCUUGUAUUUUGUUUUGUUUUGCUUUACAGCCCAAACACCAGGACAACAUCUUGUUUCCACUAAUGUUGUACUCCAGGCUGUGUCUAUUUUAUCUUCUUUUACGUGUAAGAGCAUCAUCAUGGAUCAUGACUUACAGGUGGAGUCUUCUACAUGGUUUCUAAAAUCUAUCCAGACCAUAGUCUAUUCUUAGGCCUGGUCUCUGCAAAUAGUUCUUCUAUGUGUCCUUUACAUGUGCAAUUUGAGACAAAUAGCAUUUAAGAUAAAUUUUUUACUUUUUAGAGGAUACUUUAUUGCUACUCUGUCCAGGACACAUGAGCAGAGCAGUUCCCAAAGCCCUGUACCUGGAUUUCUCAUGAGAAUACAAGCAGAUUUUCCAUAGGAUGGUCCAGACCUUAUGUCAGCCUGAGGAGUGAGUGACACAAAAAGAAGUUCACAAUGAGUUUUUACCACUGUGCUCUUUCUCACAUGUGGCCUGCCCUCACACUGUGGAGUAUAUUUGUUUUUCUUCUUUUAUUUGGCCCAAAUUGCCAAAUAAAGAAGAACCUGUUUCUUUUCCUAUCUUUAAUAAAGCUUUGCUACUGUU